AUGUCUUUCGAGGAUAUCUUUCCACGUAUAGAAGCGACGGCAACAAUGGAGAUGUGUUUCAGUCCCGGCCCGGCGAUUCCUGCCGGGACAGUCAUCCCAGUGAUUGCGAAUCCUCGUUUGGCUGAACUACGGGAUCCUUCAGAGGACUGGACCGGAGUUACGAGUACGGCGGAGAGGCGUAAAUUACAGAACCGGCUGAACCAGAGAGCGCGAAGGCGGAGAGCACAGAAGAAACUCGGCAAACAUUCUCCAUCAGAUAAAAGUCCGUCAACCGAGGUGGAAUCCGACCCAUCGACAGCCUUGGUGAAGAAAGAGUCCGCCUCGCCAACUAACGAAAAUACCCAGACAGCCCUGGCGGCCAUCAUCGCAGGGAAGAUUGGAAAGGCCGCCGUUCCAGAUGUCUGCCUCCUGGGCAAGACAGGCAUGCCAGCCAUGCUAGAAAAGUUCGCCGAGGGUGCCUACGAGGACUAUAUGCGCGGCCGGCCCUGUACAGACUACCUCACGACCCUCGUCCGCGUCAAUGUCUUCCACGCCUUUGUUCGCAACGCCAAAGCCCUCAGCUUCAACAAGGAGUGGCUGACCUACGACGCUAUCUCGCCCUUUAACAAAGCCGGUCCUGACCUGGGUCGCGCCACGAUAUCGGCAUCGUGUCCGUCCAACAUGCUGCCCACGGCGCUCCAGUUGUCCGUCGAACAUCACCCCUGGAUCGACUUCUUCCCGCACCCCCGAAUGCGAGACAACUUUCUACGAAUCGUGGCCGAGCACGGCGAGGACUACAUUGACGAAGACGAAAUGUGCCGGGACGUGGUCGAUGUGGGCGCGGGGGCGGGAGUCGAAGACGCGGCGCUGAUUGUUUGGGGAGAGCCGUGGGAUCCGCGGGGCUGGGAGGCCACGGAACCGUUUCUCCGGAAAUGGGGCUGGUUGCUUGACGGCUGCACCGAAAUGCUCGAAGGCACAAAUUACUGGAGGGAGAAAAGGGGCCUGCGGAAACUCAAAUUUAACUAA